AUGGAAGCAGAGAGUUCAACCAAGAAGAGGCCAAGCUACAAUGACUAUGGCUUCAUGGAUUUGAUUUUUUCUUGGUCCAUUGAAGACAUUUUCAAUGAAGAACUAUACAAGAAAAAUGUAGAGAAGAUUAAGCUCUCUUUUGAUUCCAUAGAUCACUACCUUGGGUCCUAUAAGUACCCUUUGUUGGAAGAAACUAGAACACAACUAUAUUCAAGUAUGGAGAUAAUGCACCAAGCACCAUUUGCUGAAGUAAUUGGUCUUCAAAUGGCCAAACCAACAGGGAACAAACUCUAUGAUGUGAAAAUUAAUAGCUGGCAAAACAGGUUCACGCAACGCAGAGAGCCGUAUAAAACGUUGCCCGGAGAUGUUCUGAUUUUGACUGAUUGUAAACCUGAAUCUGUGAAAGAUUUGCAAAGGUUUGGAGUUAUGUGGAACUUUGUGUCUUUUGUGAAGACAAGAGAAGAUGCCAGUGAGAGUGAUUCUGUUUAUUUCAAAAUUAGAGCUUCAAAAGAUAUUGACCCUAAGACAUUUAAGCAGAGAUCUUUAUUUCUGAUUUUCUUGACAAAUGUAAACUCUAAUGGAAGAAUCUGGAAUGCACUUCACAUGACUGGGAAUUUGAAGCUAGUCAAGCAAAUCUUAUGCAACAAUGAUGAGUUCAAGCAAAGUUGCAGUUGCAGUUCACUGGCUGAUUCUUUAGGAGAUGACUUUUCAUAUCAAAGGUUAACAUCAGAGCUUAAUGAAUCUCAAAAUAAGGCCAUUCAUUCAUGUCUUUCUGGCCUUGAUUGCAAUCACAACAGCACUGUGAAGCUCAUUUGGGGUCCUCCAGGAACUGGAAAGACUAAAACAUUGGCUACAUUGCUUUUUGCUCUGUUGAAAAUGAAGUACAGAGUGCUUGUUUGUGCUCCAACAAAUGUCGCCAUCAGAGAAGUGGCUUCGCGAUUAUUGAGGAUUGUGAGAUACUCAGUCUGUGGCCAAUCUGAUUUAUUAUGUUCCCCUGGAGACUUGUUGCUGCUCGGCAACAAUGAGAGACUCAACAUUGAUGAAGAUGUUGAGGAAAUACAUUUGGAUUAUCGAAUGGAACAUCUCAUGAAAUGCUUUGCACCUUUUUCGGGUUGGAGUUCUUCUGUGAAAUCAAUGAUUGAUCUUCUUUCCAAUUGUGUUUCGCAGUAUCACAGAUUCGUUGAGAAUGAGAGGGAUAGGGGAAAGGAGAACACAGUACACAUAAAAACUUCAAUUUUCAGCAUGAGUAAGCCUAAAUCAUUUCUAGAGUUUGUGAGAGAAAGAUUUCUUUCCACUGUAUUGCCACUGAAAUCCUGCAUUUCUAUCUUUUGUACACAUGUGGCUAGAUCUAACCUGUUGGAACAUAACUAUAGGAACUUAGUGAGCUUAAAUGAAGCACUUAAGUCAUUUCAAGAUGCCUUGUUUGAGAUUGAGAAUAAUCGUCGUUUUGAAGGAUUGGAAAUGCUUUUCUCUCGUCUUGAAAUAUCAGAUAGAACUUCUCAGCCAUAUAACGGUCUUUCGUACAAAUUGUACAAGAAGAGAAAUGAAUGUUUAUCUGCUUUGGAAACAGCAAGAGAUUCACUUGACAGACUCAAGUUGAUAAAAUCUUUUCAUAUUGAGUCAAUUAGAAAGUUUUGUUUCCAAAACUCAUCAAUAAUAUUUUCCACAACUUCUGGUUCAUAUAAGCUACAUUCUGUGGAAAUGAAGCCACUGAACCUUUUGGUAAUAGAUGAAGCUGCUCAACUGAAGGAGUGUGAGUCUGUAAUUCCUCUACUACUUCCAGGAAUAAGCCGCGCUAUUCUUGUUGGUGAUGAGUGUCAACUUCCUUCCAUGGUUAGGAGUAAUGUUUCUUCUGAAGCUGGUUUUGGGAGAAGCUUGUUUGAGAGGCUGAGCUUACUGGAUCACCCAAAACACCUUCUUAACAUGCAACACAGAAUGCAUCCACAAAUCAGCUUAUUUCCAAAUCAAUAUUUCUACUCUAACAAAAUUCGCGAUGCGCCAAAUGUUGUGAGUAACUACGGGAAGAGAUAUCUUCCAGGGCCAUUGUUUGGUGCCUAUAAUUUUAUAAAUAUAAUUGGGGGAAGAGAAGAGUUUGAUGAUGCUGGAAGAAGCUAUAAGAAUAUGGCUGAGGUAGCAGUUGUUGUGACACUACUGAAGAAUUUGCAUAAAGAAUGGCUUGCCUCCAAGGAGAAACUCUCUAUUGGUAUAGUGUCACCAUAUGCGGGGCAAGUUGUUGCUAUUCAAGGGAAGCUUGGAAAAAUGUAUGAUAGCCAUGUUGGAUUUAAUGUAAAUGUGAAAUCCAUAGACGGUUAUCAAGGUGGUGAGCAAGAUGUUAUUAUCUUAUCAACUGUAAGAACCGACAUCAAGAGUUAUCUUGAGUUUGUCUCCUCUCCCCAGAGAACUAAUGUUGCUCUUACAAGAGCAAGGCAUUGUUUGUGGAUUUUGGGGAAUGAAAGAGCUUUAGCAAAUCAUGAAAAUGUUUGGAAGGAUUUGGUUCUUGAUUGUAAGAACCGUAAAUGUUUCUUUCAUGCUGAUCAAGUCAGAGAAUUGGCAAAAGCUAUUUUGGAUUCAAAGAAAGAGAUGGAUCAAUAUGUUGAUUUGCUUGAUACAAAUAGUGUCCUUUUUAAAGGUGCUAGAUGGAAGGUCCUUUUUAGUGAUAAGUUUCUUAGGUCCUUCAAAAGGAUAAGGACAGAUAACAGCAAGAACCUUGUUAUAAACCUCUUGCAAAGGCUUUCUAAUGGUUGGAGACCUAAUAGGAAAAGUGUAGACUUGCCUUGUGAAAAAUCCUCACAGAUUUUGAAACAAUUUAAGUCCGAAAGUCGCUAUGUUAUUUGUUCUAUAGAGAUAGUUAAAGAGUCAAGGUAUAUUCAGGUUUUGAAGAUAUGGGACAUUCUGCCUCUAGAGGAUAUCCAACAAUUAGUGAAGCGCCUUGACAAUGUAUUCACAAGAUACACUGAUGAAUAUAUCAACAGGAGCAAAGAAAAAGGUUUCGAUGGGAUCAUAGAGUUUCCUCUGAGCUGGGCAUUAUCUACAAAUAUCCAAAAAUUUAAGGGUGUCAAUGAUGAAAAUGAGGGAGAUUUGAAUCCUUCUGAAGAUAGAAAAAAUGAUGAAAAAGUGGAGGAGAGUAGGCUGUUGCUGAAGUACAGCUCCUUUUCACAAGAUUACAUGCUUUCUGGAAAUGAUGCUUCAGAGGUUGAUCUUCCUCUUGAGGUAACAGAUGAACAGCGUGAAAUAAUUCGCUUCCCUAGAAGUACAUUUGUACUUGGUCGCUCUGGAACCGGAAAAACCACUGUUCUAACGACUAAGAUGAUUCAAAAUGAGAAAUUGCACCAUAUGGCACUUGAAGAAGCCUAUGGAUCCAAUUGUUCUGCAAGCGAGUUGAAGGAGGUUGCUGCUGAGACUGAGAGACCAAUCUUAAGACAGUUGUUUGUGACAUUAAGCCCUGGACUAUGUCAAGAGGUCAAAUAUCAUGUUUCUCGUUUGAAAAGGUAUGUAGCUUCAUCUUCAUCAAUAGAUUUUAAGAAUAUCCCAGAUUCUUUCUCUGAUGUCCCAUCCAAUUCAUAUCCCCUUGUGAUAACGUUUCGCAAAUUUUUGCUCAUGCUUGAUGGAACACUAGGCAAUUCUUACUUUGAGAGAUUUCAUAAUCGCAAGGGUCGACGGUCAGUUGCAUUAGAAAACUUCAAGAUGAAAAAGGAAGUGGAUUUUGAAAGGUUUGAUUCUGUAUAUUGGCCUCAUUUUAAUUCUCAGUUGAUUAAAAAGUUGGAUUCAUAUGAAGUAUUCACCGAAAUAAUGUCACAUAUAAAAGGUGGCUCUUCUGAGCAUGGCAAGUUAAGCCAAAAGGAGUAUUGUAAUUUAUGUGAAAACCAAGCAUCAAGAUUGACCAUGCAGGCCAGAGAAAGGAUAUAUGAUAUCUUUCAAAAUUAUGAGAAAAUGAAGAUGGAAAAUGGUGAAUUUGAUUUAGCUGAUAUUGUAAUUGAUCUACAUGGUAGAUUGAGAACUGAAAGAUACAGGGGUGAUGAAAUGAACUUUGUGUUUAUUGAUGAAGUGCAAGAUCUCACCAUGGCUCAGAUUGCAUUAUUCAAACACAUGUGCAGAAAUGUGGAAGAGGGUUUUCUUUUUUGUGGAGAUACUGCGCAGACUAUUGGAAGGGGUAUUGAUUUUAGAUUCCAAGAUGUAAGAUCCCUCUUCUACAAGAAGUUUCUGUUAGAAAUUAAGAGUUGGAAUCAUGGCAAAAGGCAUGUUUCUGAUAUCUUCAUGUUGAGUCAGAACUUCCGCAGUCACGCUGAGGUGCUGAAAGUAUCACAAAGUCUCAUUGAGCUUCUGUAUCACUUUUUUCCGAACUCUGUUGACAUGUUGAAAGUGGAGACUAGUUUGGUACAUGGAGAAGCCCCAAUUGUGGUAGAGUCUAGGCAUGGAGAAAAUAUACUACUAACAAUUUUUGGAGGAAGUGGGAGGAAUAGUAUUCAAGGAUUUGGAGCAGAUCAAGUAAUCUUGGUACGAGAUGAUUCCACUCGGGAGGAAGCUAUGCAAAUAGUAGGAAAGAAAGCAAUUGUUUUAACCAUUUUAGAGUGUAAAGGCCUUGAAUUUCAGGAUGUGUUGCUGUAUAAUUUUUUUGCCUCUUCACCUUUGAAAAGGCGAUGGUGGAUAAUAUAUGAGUACAUGAAGGAAAAGAAUUUGCUAGACUCCGGAACACAUGUUAACAGUCGAAGUUUUGUUGAUUCCAAGCACAACCUUUUGUGUUCUGAACUCAAGCUACUAUAUGUUGCCACAACACGUACAAGAAAGAGGUUGUGGAUUUGUGAGGAUGGAGAAGAUUUCUCUGUGCCAAUGUUCGACUAUUGGAGGAAGAAGAAUCUUGUGCAAUUUGAAAUGCUAGAUAGUUCAACAGCAGACAAAAUGAAAGUUACAAGCAGUGAUGAAGAAUGGAGGUCACGGGGAAUGAAGUUGUACUAUCAAAAUAAAAUUGAAAUGGCCACUACAUGCUUUGAAAGAGUUGGGAAUUCUCAAUGA